AUGAAGCAGACGAUCGCGGCUACAUCUUCCAAUCAUGCCAAGAUCUUGGCCAUUCAUGAGGCCAGCCGUGAAGUUAUAUGGUUGUGGUCCAUGACCAACCAUGUCCGAGUUGAUUGUGGGAUGACCGAAGGGAGAGACGCACCAACGAUCAUGUAUGAGGACAAUGCAGCAUGCAUUGCUCAGCUCAAGGACGGCUACAUCAAAGGGGACCAGACGAAGUACAUAUUACCCAAGUUCUUCUUCACGCAUGAACUUCAGAAAGUCGGCGAGGUCCAAGUAGCCCAAGUGCGUUCCAGCGACAACUCAGCCGACCUGUUCACCAAAUCACUUCCGACUUACACAUUCAGAAAGCUCACGCAUCAGAUUGGGAUGCAUAGGCUGAAAGACCUUCAGUGA